AUGAAUGAAAUAGAAGAGUAGGAAAAAUAGUUAUAUUAUCUUUAAAGAUAGAAGAUAUCAUAAUAGGAUAAACAAUUGCUUAUGAAGGAUUAAUUAAUUUAAGAGUUACAAAGCAAAUAUAAAAAUCUAUAUGAUGAUUAUUAACAUAAUUUAAGGGUAAUAAAGGAUAGGGAUGAUGAAUUAGAUGAAAUUACGGAGAAGCUUUUAACUUUAAAACAAUAGAAUGAUAAGUAAUUGAAUGAAUACAUUGAAUUGGAGGCAGAAUAACAUAGAAAGUAAGAGGAGUGGAAAUUAUAACGGGAUAAUUUGAAAUCUAAGAAUGAUGAUUAGAGAAAAGAAAUUAAAUAUUUAAAGCGUAUUCAUGAAGAAGAGAUUAAUUAGUUCUAGAGUAAAUACAGAUAAACUCUUAAUCAAUUAGAAUAAUUGAAAAAUGAAAAAUUAUAUUUUAAAAAUCAAUAAGAUCAAUUAGAUGAUUAGAAAGAGUAGAUUACUUAAUUACUUUAGAAAUUAAAUGAUUAAAAGAGUUUAAUAUUGAAAUUGGAAUAGGCUUCAGAAUAACAUAUACAAAUUAAUAAUGAAAAUACACAAUUACAAUAGAAACUUAAUUUAUAAAAAUAAUAAUUUAAUGAGUAAAUUAUUGAAUUCUAAAAUGAUAAUUAAUUAUUGAAAUUGAAAAUUUAACAAUAAUCAUAAAUUAUUGAUUAAAUAAAAAGAGAUCAUGAUGAUUAAUAGGGUUAAGAUUCGAUCAAUUAAAAUAAAUUAUAAUAAAAGAUUAUUUAAUUGUAAUAAGAAAAGCAGGAGUUAGAAUAUAAAUUAUUAGAAAUGAAAUAAAAAAAAAAAACUAAAUAAAAAUUGUUGAAAGAACAAAUAUAAUAAUAAUUGAAAUCAAUUUAAAGUUAAUCAGAAGAUAAAAUUAGAAAAUUAGAAUAUUAGUUAUAAUAGUAUUUAAUUGAGAAUGAGAAAUUAUAAAUAUAAGAAGCAAAUUCAAAAGAGAAAUGUUAAGAAAUAGAAUCAAAACUAAAUAGAUUAAUUUUUGAUAAUGAAUAAAGGGUUUAAUAAUUGAUAAAAAAUAAUGAAUUGGAUAAAAAACAGUAGAAAAAUGAUAUGGAUUUAAAAAUAUAUCAAAUAAAUUAAUUGAAUGAUGAAAUAUAAAAUUUAAAAUAGACAAUCAAUGAAUCAAAUAAAUUAUUAGAUAAUAUGGCAGCAAAAAUAUAGGAAUUAAAAAAUGAGAAUAAUAUAUUAAUAGAAGAAGUAGUUAAUUUAAGAAAAAAUAAUAAUAAUAUAAAUAAUACAAAUAAAAAACCAUAAUUAUAAUAAUCGAAUCCAUCAAAUAAGAAGCCAAUUUAAUAAUAAUAAUAAUAACAAAAAACAAAAUUUUUAGAUGAAGAGGAAGAAGUAGAGUCAGUUGAAAAACUUCUUUUUAGUGGUGAUGAAGGUCCCGUAUCUAGUUUACUUUAGAAAGGAUCUUUAUAAUAGUAGAUAAAAUAAUCAAAGUAAUCUAUAUCAAAACAUCAUCGUAAUUUAGAAUAAGAAAAUGCUUAAUUAAAAUUAUUUGUAAAAGAUAUGCAUUAAACAAUGGAAAAUACUAAAGAUUAAUUGUUGUUAAAAGUUUAAGAAUUGAAUAUUUAAAAAUAAGAAUGUUAUUAAGCUAAAGAGAAAAUAUAAUCUCUAUAACAAGAAAUAUUGAAAUAUAAGGAAUAAAUUUUAUAUCUUUAAGCAUAAAUUAAAAAUAAUGAAGAUUUAGAAAGUGUUACAAGUGAAUUUAAAUAAUAGAUAGAUAAUUUAAGUAAAAAACUGUAGAAUUCGAAGGAAGUUAUUAUUAAGUUAAAAUAAGAAAGAGAAAAAUUAUUGGAUAUAACAAAUGAACUGAAUUAAAAAUUGAAGGAUUCAGAUAAUCAAGAAGAUUUAAUACACAUGUAAACUGAAAUAAAAUACUUAUAAAAUUAAAUUAAGUAGUUGUAAUUAUAAAAUGAAAUUCCAAUAAAUUAAAAAUCACAAUUACCAAAUCUUAGUGAGAUUCAGAAUUAAUUGUUUGUGAAAUGA